AUGGAAAAUAGAAAAAAACAAACGUUAAAAUCUCCUGGAAGACUAUGGAGAAUAACGAAAAUAAGAAGAAACACGACUUUAAACAAAACACGCGUGAAAACCCGAAAAGAAAGCAAGCCUAAAACUUCCAAUCAAACCAAUUUUAGUAUAAGAAAAUGUUUAGAUAGAUUUAUACCUUCUCAUGCCAAUCCAGAAGCAUUUCGGAUUCUUGAUAAUUCACAGCAUGGAAGAAAAUAUAAACAUAAGGAGGACGUCUUGCCAAAGAUGUUAAACUUAAACCUCAACGGGAUAUUAAAUUAUAAAUUCUUACACAAAAGAGAAAACCGCACUCCGAAAUUGCUUAAUGACUUUUCUGCGAGACAACUUCUACAGGUCCCGACCACACAGGAUCAGUUAGAUCAUUUCCAGGAACGAAGUAUUCGAUCGCUAACACAGCCAUAUCAAGGUGCAAUCCAUGAAUCUCCUAUUCGUAUCUUGGAAGCACCUGGUUUGCUUGACGAUUUCUACAUUUCGCCCUUGGCCUGGUCAAACCACGGUGAAUUGGCUGUCGCACUGAGACAACAUGUGUACCUCUGGGAUGAGUCGUAUGGAACAACUAUUCUAGAAAUGCGGCAUACGGAUUAUGUAGUAAGCAGCUUAGCCUAUUCUGCAGACGGAAAUUAUCUUGCAAUUGCUCGAGUUAACGGGUCCGUCGAAAUCUGGGAUCGGCAAUAUUUAACUGAAACACAUGAAUAUUGCUUUCAGCAUGAGGGUGAUAUAAGCUGCAUGGCUUGGAGCCCUACUAGUUCAACUCUACUGGUUGGUGGAAGCAUGGGCAGUAUAUAUGUAUAUCACAAAACAAAAAGUAUGAUGUGUCGGCUUUACACGAUUAAGCACGUGCACCAAGAGCAAGUUUGUGGACUUGAAUGGAAUUACGAUGGAACUCAAUUCGCUAGCGGGGGAAAUGAUAACUUGGUGUGCGUUUUUGACAUGGACACGCUAGAUGCACCAAAAUACUUCUGGAGUCAUUCAGCGGCAGUUAAAGCUGUUGCCUUUUGCCCCUGGCAAAAAUCAAUUUUGGCAAUAGGGACUGGCUCAAACGAUCAGCAUAUUUAUUUCUAUGAUACCUUUCGAGGACAUUUAAUUUCUAAACUCUUUUGUGGAGCCCAAAUCACGUCCAUCAUUUGGUCUCGAAGAUACAAAGAAUUUUGUUUCAGCCUUGGAUAUGCAUACGAAGGAAAUAUCGCAUCCGUAGUUGUUUGCCGGUGGCCGCAGUUAACGCGAGUGUUUCAAGUACCCUUCUGUUCUGCUGAGGAAUUCCAUCAAGAUCUUAGGACCAUUAUGGCCACUCACACUCACCGUAAACGUUCAAAAAAUGAUUGGGAAGAAGGAGAGUUCAUUGUUGUAGCUAAUACCGACCAAACGGUUAAGUUUUAUAAAAUCUGGGGAUCGGAAUCUCAAACGGUCCAUAAUGAUCAAGUAUUGUAUCAAGAAGGAUUAUUUGGGAGUCACAUUUUAGAAAUGCUAGAAGGUGUUCCGGAAAAUAGACUGAUGAAAGGUCUUCGUUAAAAAACAAAAGAAUUAAGUUGUCGUCCGA